UUACUACCGUCGAAUACUGACCAAAACUGUCCCUUUCUAUAGAUAGAAUAGGUGAAACUGGAAAUAACCUCAUAUCCUAUGCAAGGGAUUAUGAUGUUUUUGGUUUUUUGGGGUUACAACUAUUUAUAAAAUGAGCUAUUCCAUUAUGUGCCAUUUAAAAUGGUCGAAUACACAUUAACGCCGUUAAACACAAGAUAAUUCAUUGCUGUGUCUUUCAGCAUUAAUUAACAAUUUACCAAGAAAUUACUAAUUCCGUGAUGGAACAAAUACUUUUGUGAGAUCGGUGAUUCCACCUUUAUUUUCAAUUUUCAUCUAUUCAAUCAUGGCUCUCUUAGGUGCUCAAUUAGUUAUAACACUGAUUAUGGUCAGUGUUAUCCAAAAAGUAACUCCACAUUUUUCUUUGGCAAGAUGGAUUUUAUGUUCUACUGGGUUGACACGUUACUUGUAUCCAACUGAUCAACAGCUUAGAACUCUUGCUGGUGUGCCUAAAGAGAAACCCAAGAAAGGUAAACAUACUGAGAAUGGGAAGGUUGGAGAUGUUUUUCAUGUUCCUAGAAAUUUGGAUAUCACGCUUGAAAGUGCUAAGAUAACUACGCUAGAUGUAGUGCAUUUAAAAUAUUAUACAGAGUGUCAGUGGUUAUUGGACUUUUCUAUCUAUGCUACUGCAGUUUAUAUCAUGACAGAGUUGUAUUUAUUUGCCAUUUCACAGAUAUAUAAUUAUUUAUAUCCAAUCAAAGAUGAAAUUAAUCUAAGCAUGCUUUGGUGCUCACUAGUUCUGGGUUUUGCAUUUAAAGUGUUACUUUCUCUUUGGGUGCAAUACUUUAAGGGAGAGGAGAGUAUAGGUGAAAGGUCUACAUGUAUUGUAACUGGAUUUGCUUAUCUUCUCAUAGCUAUGAUGGUUCUUAUUGUUGAUGAAAACAACCUUGAAAUUGGAUUGGAUAAAGCUUAUGCAAGUUUCAAUCAUAGUGCGUCUCUUUUUCUAGAUAAUCAAGGUCUUUCUUCUACAGGACCAGCAUCAAAAAUUGUAGUAAAGUUCUUCCUUGCUUUGUGGUGUGGUUUAGUUGGUUCUUUGUUUACUUUCCCAGGAUUGAGAGUGUCAAGAAUGCAUUGGGAUGCAUUGAGAUAUUAUAAAGAUCAAAAGUUGUUGUUGUUAAUAGCAAACAUCAGUUAUGCCUCCCCACUUCUAUUAGUAAGUUUAUGGAUUAAGCCUGUAAGCAGAGAUUAUCUUACAGUCAGAAUAUUUAGUGGUAUGAAUGGACCAUUGAUGACAACUUCAGCUUUUGAGAGUAUGAGAUUAAUUGCAAUUAUUGUUGCAGUUCUAUUAAAAUUUGUAUUAAUGCCAAUGUACUUGCAAUCGUAUCUCAAUUUAGCUGUGCAACGGUUAGAGAAUCAAAAGAAAGAAGCUGGUAGAAUUACGAAUGUUGAUUUGCAGAAAAAGAUUGCAGCGGUAUUCUACUAUUUGUGCGUUGUGGCUUUGCAGUUUAUUGUUCCGAUGAUCAUAUGUUUAUUUUUUACAUUCAUGUAUAAAACUCUAGGUGGUUAUACAUGGGAAGGAAUUUUAAAAGGACCAUCACUUGAAGAAUGUCCAGCUGAUGAGCCACCAAAAUCUUUAUCAAACAUAAUGAAUGCCCAUGAUUAUGAAAAAACUGUUGCGCAAACGGCGCAAGAUUUUCAACUUGCUCUGAGUUCCUUAAAGCAGAUAUUCACUGUGGAUGUGUAUAGAGGGUUAUUUGGUUUAGCAACAUGGUGGAGUUGUUUUGCAUUGUUUGCAACUACCGCUAUGGGUAUGUUUUAUCAGUCAUACUUCUCUAAUAUGUAAAACAAAGCUACGGCAGGCAGCAUUUGUUGUCACUUCGCACAAAUUUAUGUCGUUAGUUGGUUUAUCAAUGCUAAGACCAUUGGAUUAUUUAAAAAAUGUAUCUUAAAAAUGACUUAUUUUGAAAAUUGUACCUACAUUAAGGUACGCACAAUACUGGCUGUCUAAUGGAAAUGUUAAUACUAAUUAAAAAAAUUUUAUAAUAUGCAUAGCAAUAAAAAAUCUUACAAUUAUAAUAUGUAUGAAUGCUAUAUCGAAAUUAUAAAAUCUAAGAUAACUA